AUGUCUGUGAAUGACAGGGACACGGGUGUAAAAGUGAAGGUACAAGGAGCAGAGCUAGUGAAGAUGAUCAAGUGUUUGGCAAUGUCAUUACCAAAGCAGCUCCUGCCCCUUGCUGCUCUCCUCCUUCUGUCCAUCUUUCCCACUGAAACUAAAGUGGUGGCAUCAGUGGAAGACUGUAAGGAGAUUUUUCUCCAGCAAACUCCACCACACAUCCCAGGAAUUUUGGAAGGAGGGAUCAUCCUGGACCAAAACAGAUACAAACUAAUUCGCCAGACUUUCAGUAACACCAGAACAUUUGUGACGCUGUACGACACAAAGAACAAGAUUCCAGUUUUUUCUGCUGCAAAGUACAGAGGGGGAGCUGGAGGCAAGAGGCCCAAGAUCAAAUGGAUGAUUGAACCACAGCUUGAAAACAUACGAGACAAACGCAUUAUGAGAAAAUCAAACAAGAACAUCUUCUACAACUACCAGGCUGGAAAUGAAGAUUACAAAAACAACCAAGGGUUUGACAGAGGACAUUUAUUCCCAAACUCGUACGGAUCCACUCCUAUUGAAAAAAGGUCUACUUUUACUCUGACUAACAUUGUUCCCCAAAUAGGUAAUUUCAACCAGGGAAGCUGGAACAGAAUGGAAAACUGUGUCAAAUGUGUUUUGAAUGAAUAUUGCCUUAACAACAAUGACAAAAUAGAAGGCUUUGUAGUUACUGGAGCACAGCCCAGCAACAAUAGUCUCAACAACAAGAUCAAUAUUCCUUCAGUGCUCUGGUCAGCAUUCUGCUGCUACAGUCACAGGCAGAACAGCUGGCUGGCGAGCGCACACUGGGGCGAGAAUGUUGCCGAUGGCCCUAAAUACCUGCAGACACAGACCUUAACAGAACUCCACAGAACCCUGGGAAUUGAACCAUUUCCUCAAACACAAUGUCCCCUUCACACCACUGUCACUCACUUGUACUCAGACCUUUCCUCUAACUGCAAUUGCUCACCCACAUCAAGUACAUCUUCUCCUACAACCGCUGCUAUCCCUUGAAGUCCAAUAUCUGUGUCUUCCA